ACUGCUACUCGAGUGUGUCGAGUGAGUGUGCUCACAAGAGAUUUUUUUCUUUCAUUUUUUGCGACAAAAAAUGCGUCACUAGAAUCACUUCUGCUGGCAUUAUGGCGUGUAUCCAGACUGCCAAAGUGAGCUCAUGGGGGUGUCGCAAAAAACCAAAAAUGUUCCUGCUCUAUGUGCGGCAGUAGUAUUCCGAAACGGCUUCGAACGCGCAAAUGAAGCGAGGAGAAAGAAACACCGAGAAAAAUCCGUAAAAAGUUAGCGUUUGACUUUUCCCUGUCCCGUGUCAAUUGAAUUUUUUGCCCGUGCUGUAUUUUGGAUGGUGGCAUAGACAGUACGCUGCAGUUUUGUCAGCGCGUGAAUCAGGGAACGUGUAUUAUAUCUGUUCUGAGAGAUGGUCAGCAAACAUUUUAUGGGCGUUUGCAUACUACUACAACCUCUACUGAUCCGGUUAGAAGCUCUGGAGCAGGGAGUCGUCAUUGCACCGGGGGACGAUGAGCAAAGGAUCAGCGAUCAUCAACCGGACGAUGGACAUUUUUUUAGUGAUAAUGUGUCUCGUUUGUUGUACUCCGAGGAUGAGAUAAAAGAGGAGACGGGACUCGAACCGAGGGGGUUGUUCAGCGUGGACGUAUGCGAGGGGAAGGUGAACAUCCGAAAUCGGAAAAGGGCGCGGAACAUCCGGCGGAAGGGGUGGAAGAAGUGCCAGGAAUUGUGCGAACACCAACCCGGUGGAUACAGCCACGUGGGUUAUUGUCGGCGCUUCCGCCUCUGGGAACCCAAGUGUUCGUGCCAUGACAUCCGUGACCUGCCAUUCAGGCUUCGGACCCGGCUUCAAUAUCUCCUCUGGAAGGCCGGAGGCGACUGCCGCAUGAAACACGGCCUCGUCAGCGAAAACACCUAUAAACUCUUGUGCAGGUAUCAGACGGAGGUCGUCGACGCUGGGAUCCGUCAGCCGUUCGAUUGGUUCUGGAACCAGAAGCCCGGCCAACGCCAACAUCCCAAGUACAUGCACUCGAUGCACCCUGCCUACUACGGUCCGCCACCCAAGGGACAGAACAAAUUCAGGAGGUGGUUACAUAGGUUUGUGCACGGCCCGGAUCACUAACAGACCACCACGGGGACCCGACUGCUCCGCCUGCGGGCUGAUUCUUGAAAUUGAUGGGCAAUGUUAGAUAAAAAACA